CGCUACCACCACCACCACCACCACCACCACUACUCCACACACACCCCACACUCAUCCCACUGACCCCAUGGCCCCCAUUCGCACCGCCGUGCUCGGCACAGGCCUGUCGGCGUUUGUGUUCCAGCUCCCCAUCCUGGCAGCACUGCCGGAGGAAUUCGAGAUUUAUGCGUGCUGGGAGCGCCGCGCGACGCCCCAGCAGUCCAAGGCGCGCGACGCGUAUCCCAGCAUCACCGUCUACACCCAGCUUGAUGAUUUGCUGGCCGACAAAAAGGUUGAUCUCGUUAUCGUCUCGUUACCGCCCGAGGUGCACUUUGACGCGGUGAAGAAGUCGCUCGAAGCGGGCAAACACGUCAUCUGCGAGAAGCCGUUUACAGCGACCGCCCAGGAGGCCCAGACCUUGUUCGACCUUGCCGACCGUAGCGGCAGGCUUCUCGCCGUCUACCAGAACCGCCGUUGGGACGGCGACUACCUGACCACUAAGGCGCUUGUCGAGAGCGGCCGGUUGGGUGACGUCGUCGAGUUCGAGUCGCACAUCGACCGCUACCGCCUGGCGCGCAAGGGCACGUGGAAGGACAUCCCUGGCCCCGGCAACGGCCUCGUCUACGAUCUCGGCACUCACCUCAUCGACCAGGCCGUGGCCCUGUUCGGCGCUCCCCAUUCGGUCACCGCGAAGAUCUUUAGCCAGCGCCAAUUGCCGCCUCUCGACGUCGAGGACUACUUCUCCAUCACGCUGCACUACCCCGCGGCGCCCGGCCGCCUGCCCCUGGAGGUGAUCCUCAAAUCAACGCACGUGUCGCUCGGCUACGAGCAGCGAUUCGUGGUUCGCGGAACGCGGGGCACUUUCUUAAAGACCGGCCAUGAUCUGCAGGAGGAUCAUCUGCGCGCCGGCGUCCAACCAGGCGAGAGCACCUUCGGCAUCGAGGCCGACGACUGGCGCGGCACUUUGUGGUCCGUCCCACACGACGCCCCACUCGCCCACCUGCCCCCGCUCACUGUCGAGCGCGUCCCCACGCUCCACGGCGACUACCGCCGCUUCUACCGGCACAUUGCUGACGUUGUUCGCUCGGGCGACUACAGUCAGUUGGUCGUCACGCACGAGCAGAAUCUCGUUGUGCUGCGGAUCAUCGAGGCGGCCUACAAGAGCUCGCAGUCGGCCUGCUCGGUCGUGCUGGCGUAGCGCUGCCGAGGCACGCGUAGACUUUUUGUUUGAGAUGAAUUUCAUGAGUUUUGAUUAGCUA